CGAACCUAGAUCGUGUUGACGGGUGGUAGUUACCCUGGUCUCCCUUCCCUUCUAUUCUGCCUCCUAGCGCUUGCUGGCACCCAUCUCGAUCCCUGGUUUAAAUACAACCAUCUCUCAUGUCCCUCAGCCUCAGGUCAGACCUUCCAGUGAAGCUUUAGUGCAAUUCUUCAAACUGGAAAUAUCACAGCCAUGGCGAUCAGUCCAAACGGCGCGCGAUUAAUGAUCUGGAUGAUCGUCUUCGCGGUGGUGACCACGGUGACGAUGGGGUUGAGGCUAUGGGCCAUCCGGCUCAAACGGGCCUCGCUACAGAUUCACGACUACCUCGUCUUCAUUGCCUACUUGAGCACCUGCGGCAUGGAAACAUUAUGCUGGUGGGCCAUCGCCAACGGGCUGGGUGCACACACCGACACCCUCACGAGCUACGAGCUAGGGGUCCAAUAUCAGCUCCUCAUUGGCACGGACGUCACCUGGACAGUGGGCACGGUUUGCUGCAAAUUCUCUAUCCUCUCCCUCUAUACCUCGCUCUUCCCCGCCCCAAAGUUCCGGUACGUAGUCUGGGUGAUGCAGGCGGUGGUCUUCAUCUACUUCGUCGCCUUCCUCUCCAUAUUCCUUUCGCAGUGCUACCCAGUCUCGUACGGGUGGAAGCCCGUCGCCGGCGGCUACUGCAAGUCCAUCAUGCUGCAGGAGAUUCUAUCCAUUGCGUUCAACAUGGUCCUCGACACCACGAUCGCCCUGCUGCCGAUGCCGCUGCUGUGGAAGUUGCAGAUGCCCGUGCGGAACAAGCUCACCGUCAGCAUCAUGUUCGCGUUGGGUCUAUUAGUUGUCGCCGUCAUGGCCUGGCGCAUGGCCAUCACCCUCACCCCGGCCACGCAGACCGACUUCGUCCACGGCCUCUACCUGGUCGGCCUCGUCAGCUUCAUGGAGCUCUGGUUCAGCAUCAUCAUCGUCACCCUGCCGACCUUGGCCCCGCUGUUCCGUCGCUACGUUGAGCCCUUACUUCGCACCUUCAUCGGCCGCUUUGCCGAAGACCACAACCUCAGGAGACCGCCCGCCGGCGGCGGCCACCGCCGCCUUCGCGAGGCCCAGCACACCAUCGGCAGCGAGCCCAGUGCGGUAGGCAAGCGGCGCGGCAGCUGGGAGCUCGAAGAUGGGUACCUGGGGCUAAAGGAGGGGGGCGGGGCUGGCGGGCACGUGAAGGUGUGGAGUGGUGGGUCUGGGGAGGAGUUGAUUGUGAAGCGUGGGGGGGAGAUUACGGUUUCGCAUGGUUUUACAGUGAAAUGA